GCUUGAAUGCAUUUGUAUGUGGGACACCAAAGAAAGACAUCCAUUUCUUCAUCACUUGAGCUGAGAGACUUCAUCCCAAAUCAUGAAAAUGAGCUUCUUUGGCAAACUGAAGAACAUCAACCCUCCGGCGCCACCCAGGAGGACAGGCAACAAUGAGGACUUUGGGUGGAAACAGCAUGGAAUUUGGCAGGAGGAUGAGGAGGAAGAGGGUGACAUGUAUGAAGUGCCUCCCUGUGAGCGUCCAGCUGCCACAGUCCCACUGAGACAAGUGGAAGAGAACGUAUAUAUGGAAAGAACCUCCAGUGCGGGAGUCCCACAACAACGAUUAGCUGCACCUGCAUCAAGGCUGAAUGGAAAAUCUCAGAAGCCUCAACAUGCAAAGGAGUCGACCGCCAAGAAACCACCCGAGGUCGACAGAAACGAGAAGCCUGGCAGGAAAAUGAUGACGCCUCCUCCUGCUGCCUUUCUUACAUCUACCAUGGAGGAAGAUGUAUAUCUGGAUCCGAAUGAAGAACAGGGGGAUAACGACAACCUGUAUUUAGAACCAGCAGCUGCUUGCCCUCCACCCCCACUGGGCCCGAUUAGAAUGUCUUCAUCCACCAUGACCUCACUCACGCCUUCGCCCAUAAUGAAACCUCCAGUUCCCAGAGCAAAUUCUAAUUCCUUCCUGCAUUCCGUGACAGAAGUAAAAACAGCACCUAACUUUGAAGCAAGACCCGUCACCUCCAAGCUGUCCCCGUCGACAGCAGGUUUUAAGCCCCCUCUGCCAACCAGUCUAAAGGAGACUAUGCUCAGCCAUGCAAAUCCUCACAUGCUGGAUACUAAGCAUGCAACCUACUCUGGUGGUGGGAGAGCAACCAAACAGUCGGGGAAUGAGGGCAAAGAAUGGUUUGCUGGUGAUUGCAACAGGAAAACAGCAGAGGAUCUCUUACUGAGCGUCAAUAAGGAUGGCACCUUCCUCAUCCGACACAGCUCGGCCCAGAACCCCCGACAGCCUUUCACCCUCGCUGUGCUCUACCAGCAGAAAGUCUACAACAUUCCUGUUCGCUUCCUGGAGGAGAUGCAGGGCUUCGCUCUGGGAAAAGAGGGCAAGAAAAGUGAAGAGGUUUUCACCAGCCUGGACGAGAUGGUGACGCAUCACAAGAAGAACCAGCUCUAUCUGAUUGACAGCAAGAGCCAUGCCAAGCAUGCUGUCCAUUUAUCUAAUCCUGCACGCUGUUAGUGUCACAUUAUCCUACACAGAAACAGAUACUGUACCAUCUUGAUAUUGUAUACAUACUCUGUUGGACACAAUAGGCUGUGCAUUAGCAUGAAAUUAUAUUCCACAGCAUUAGGAAUACCUGCACAGCUGUAUCAAAGCAGACAUACUGAUGGAAAAUUGACUUGCUGGAUGAGUUGUUAGCAUGUCUGCCUCACAGUUCCACAGUUUGGGCUUGGCAUCCUUCCUGUGUGGAUGCAUGCGAAUAUUCUCAUUUAUCCAGGUCAUUGUCUCCUCGGGGCAUUUAAUCGAUUAAUUUUCGAUUAAUCGAUUAAUCGAAUCAUUUAAUAGAAGAUGUUUCGCUACACAUCUGGCCCUUCUUUAUGAUUUCAAUGCACCACGAUAGGAUAGCUCUAUCAGUUCUAUUUAUUAUAUUCAUCAUUUACCCAAUUGUACUAAUAGUGAUCUGACUCUUUGAUCUUACCAAUAAUACAAUGAACUAAACAUAUCACCUCCUGCUCCUUUCCGUUAUUACAUUUUCAUCAUGUGUAGGUUGAGUCAUGGUGGAAAAAGAAGUCAGGGUAAAUGAUUGGUUUGACCGGAUGCACAGGCAGGCGUACUUCCAAAUAAACAGAUUCAAACCAGAGAGUUUUGACAGCAAAAGAGGGCAGGAAGGAAUAAACACACAAGCAGAUAAAUCAGCUGGAGGCGCGGUGUCAUUAAAGUAUCCAGUCACAUCCAGUAACAGCUGAGCCGCUGUUUCCAUGUUCUGCUCCUUUGCAUCUAGAGUCUUUUAGAGGAAUACAACAACAUAAUGUCUCUUUAAAUAAAACGUUUGUGGGUUGUGAGGCUGCUGCAGUAGCCGGUAUAGCCUAAUGAUGAUCAGCGAAUGACUUCCUGGAGAUGCUGCAAUUUGGCAGCUGGGUGUGAGGCAUUCUGCUGGGAUGACGUACUGUUCCCCAGACCGGAGCUCAUAAUAUCCCGUGAUCACCACUGAUAACAAUAUGUCUUAGCUAGACUCAGCAAUAUGGUGUGUAAAUAAUAGGCAUGGACAUUCGACCAAAUUUCCUUGGUGGACUACUUGGGAUUUUUUUGUAUUAUUUAAAUAUAAUUAUGAUGGGAUGAUUGAAUGUCUAUUGCUUUGAUGCUAUUGUUUUUCUGAUUAAUGUUACCCAGAGGAGUCAUCAUAGCGGAGAUCUGGGGAUUAAUCAACAAACAAUUCCACACACAAAACCUAUUACUUAACAGUUGAUUAAUUGAUCAUCUAGAUUUGUCUAUUGACUCACAGCAUAUCAACUCUUUGCUAGUAGGCAUAAAUAUGAAACUCCUCAUACAAUCUGCACUACUGUAUCCCCGAAAUUUCAACAUCAUUUGAAAUAUGAACACUUGCAUAAAUACACUUCCUCGGGAAAUGAA